AUGAAAAUGAUAAAAUUUUUUAUGGAACAGCCAAUCGAGAGGCGCGGCUCGCGCACCCGUCUCUCCGGAAGUGUCGACCAUAUGGGCCAGGUCCAGGGCAGAAGAUCGAGCCGCGCCACACUGCACAUCGGGGAGAACGGAGAGGCCGGGAUGAGCGUCCAGGAGCAGCUCAAGCUGACGCCAUAUCAAUGCCAGCUGCUCCAGUCGACGUGGACCAAGAUCAAGUCGAGCAACAGCACGUUUACACAGAUAUUCAAGCUGUUCUGCUUCAAGUCGUCACUGGCGCGGGAGAUCUUCCAAAAGCUCAGCAUCGUCGAGGGGUUCAAGUCGGACGGCCGCUGCGAUUUGGCCAUGCACGCAAAGACACUCUGCGACCUGCUCGACGCGAUUUUGGGCGAUUUGGGGCAGCCAGCCAAGGGAGUCGAGGCAAAAUGCACGGAAAUCGGAUCGCUGCACCACAACAUGAACGAGACGGCCGCCGGCGCCUUAUGGGAAUCCCUAGGGGAAUGCAUGGCUGAGGUAAUCACCAAGGUCGACUGUGUACGGUCGAAAAGAGAGGCUGGAAAAGCCUGGAUCACCGUCAUUUCCUUUAUGGUGGACACGAUGAAAAGCGGCUACCAGAGCGAAUAUCGUAAGCAUCACGCCUCGAGGAAUUCGAUUUCGCGCCCAUCCUGCGAACGCGUCAAUCAA